AUGCUCAGGAAGGUUGUGAACAUCGAUGACCCAAAUGCUCCAUACUUCAUCGAUCACGGGAAUGCAGAUGUUCCACUCGUUACAUUUGGAAUGCAGAACGAGAACGCCGACGUCUACCCUCUAAAGUCCGAGCUUUCAUUGUUCAAGACUAAGGUUUGGGUGAGCACGCCAAAGGGGGCACUAGAGAUCAACACAGGGAUGCUUGGGAGGUAUAACAUCUACAACAUCCUCGCAGCCGUUUCUGUUGGGAUUGCUGUCGGCCUGAAGCUGGAGGACAUCGUGAGGGGAAUCGAGGCGGUGAAAGGGGUUGCCGGCAGGUUUGAGUUAAUUGACGAGGGGCAGCCUUUCGCCGUGAUUGUAGACUAUGCACACACACCCGAUGCUGUGUGUAGACUUCUGGAUGCUGUCCGAGAACUCAACCCACGAAGAGUUAUCACUGUCUUUGGAUGUGGCGGAGAAAGAGAUCGGGGGAAGAGGCCGCUGAUGACAAAAAUUGCAGCUGAUAAAAGUGAUGUGGUUAUUCUGACAUCAGACAAUCCAAGGAACGAAGAUCCAUCGACAAUCUUGGAUGACAUGCUAGCUGGUGUUGGAUACACAAUGCAAGAGUCCUCAUCACCCGGCGGAAGCAAAAUCUAUCCAAAGCUUCCAAAUGGCUGUACACUCUUAGUAAAUGAGGACAGAAGAGUAGCCCUGCAAGCUGCCAUUGCCAUGGGAAAGGAAGGAGAUAUCAUUGUUGUUGCUGGCAAAGGCCACGAGACAUAUCAAAUUGAGGGUGAUACAAGGAAGUUCUUCGACGAUAGAGUUGAAUGCCGACAAGCGCUGCGUCAAAGUAUGUGAGAUGUGUCAAGCAUGAAAGUGAAAUUUCUUUGGCGAUAUAAUCUCAUUUUUAGGAAUAGCAAAGGCAGAAAAUUCCGAGUUAAUGUGUCCUAAUUCUUUGGCUGCUGUUGCAAAUUGAAAAGUAUGUCGCUUCUAUCGGUAUUCUUUAGAUAAACACUUGGAACUUUUUUUUUGAACAUUCAAAGUUCAGUUGGAACGUUACAGUCUCUCUCUCUCUCUCUCUCUCUCUCUCUCUCUCUUUUUAUCUCCUUCCCCGCUCUGCUGCACCGCGGUGUUGGCUUCACUCUUCCGAAGAAGCGCCUCGCACUUACCCCAACCUCUCGCUCGUUUUCGCUACUCUCUCUCUCUCUCUCUCUCUCUCCUCCCUCUUCCCUGCUCCUUAGCUCGCAGGAAGAAUCCCAUGGAGAAGGUCCGACCAAAUUGCAGGAAAAGGAGGCACCUUGGGACGGUGAAUCCACACGUCAAGAUCACAACAAGUGGCUAUGAUAUUACUGUGCUUGCAGUGUACCUUCGCCAGCUGCGAGAUUGAAGAAGAGGUUGACUAUGUUGAGGCAGCCACGGAAGCACUCCGAGGAGCACAGCUUCCGCUGGAAGUUAGCGUCCAGCAACGAGUCCGACGAUAUCCCGACGGUUCUCCGAUCGAGGCCGCACGCCGCGAUGCACCCUUCCGUCUCGACCCAGUCGACGAACCCCUCGGCGCCGAUCUCCGACAUGGCGCACGCGUAGGCGCCCCCGGCGUUCCUCUCCAGCACGCAGCGCAUUCCCGACGACGACACCGCGUAGGCGCAGGCGCUCGCGUCCAAGCGCUCGCACUCCACGCCGGUCCCUGCGAAGCAAGUCCAAACGUCAUCGAGUAGAUUGCGUGCAGGUUUCGUGACGACGAGAUCGAGCUUGCACCUUGCGCUUUCGACUUGGAGAAGAUGAGCACCUAAGCGAGCGUUAUGGAAGACCAGGAGGCCAU